AAUGCUUUUUAUUUAUAUGUGCGAUUAAAACAAAUCACACGUAUUCGGAAGGAGUUAAAAUGGUUUUCAAAGUAAUAGCCCUUUUGGGGCUCUUAGCCGUAGCAAAUGCAAUGGUGAGCUAUGAAAACUACAAAGUUUACAAUAUUGUGCCAAAGUCAGAAGCUGAAGUGCAAAUGCUUAAUGAUCUGAAGAAAGACGGUUAUGAAUUCUGGACGGAGAUAUAUGAAGUUGGGAGCGAAGUGAGAAUCAUGGUGGCUCCUGUUGAAGAUGAGGAGUUUUCGAGUUACCUCAAAAGUGUAAAUCUUGACGCGAAGGUUAGCAUUGCUAAUGUGCAAGACUUAAUAGACGCUCAACUGAAGACCGCCAUCCCCAAUGCUAAUUCCCGCAGCAGUACACUGGGUAGCAUGUCUUGGGACAGAUACUACGGCUUAGAAAACAUCUACAACUGGUUGGAUGAGCUAGAAACUCUAUACCCUGAUGUAGUCACUACUAUCAAUAUUGGGAACACUUUUGAAGGCCGUCAGAUUAGAGGCAUCGUCAUUGACUUCAAGUCUGGUGAGAGAGGCGAAACGCCAUUGACGGCGAUGAUUGAAGCAGGCAUUCAUGCCAGAGAAUGGAUCGCACCAGCCACCGCUACAUGGAUCAUCAAAGAGUUUUUGACAAGUGAUGACCCUGCAGUUAGGAGUAUGGCGGAGACAUUCGUGUGGCAUAUUAUUCCGGUUGCUAACCCUGAUGGAUAUGUUUAUACUUUCACAGAUGAUCGAAUGUGGAGGAAAAACCGAAAUACAGCUAAUCACGUCAUGUGCGGAACUAAUGCUGAUGCAGGCAACGGUAUUGACUUGAACAGGAACUUUAACUUCCAAUGGAUGGUCACUGGGGCCUCAGCUAACCCGUGUGAUCAGACGUACGCCGGCCCCUCCGCGGCCUCCGAGCUCGAGACCCAAGCCAUCUCCAACUACGUCCUCACACUGCAGCGUACUAGCGAGCUCAUCUACUACCUGGACUUCCACUCAUACUCGCAAAUGAUUCUAGUACCGUACAGCCACGUGAGCGGCAUCGACGUACUGCAGGCACCUAACUACGGUGAUAUGUUUGAAGUUGCUAUCCGCGCUGCAGAGAAAUUGGAGGCUAGGCAUGGAACGCGCUACACUGUUGGAACAUCCCAAGAAAUUUUAUAUGCUGUGACUGGGUCAAGCUUUGACUGGGUAAAAGGAGUCGUAGGCGUGCCGAUCGUGUACCUUUUCGAAUUAAGAGACAUCGGCUUCUACGGAUUCCUGCUGCCCACAGAAGACAUUAUCCCCAAUAAUGAGGAAAUCAUGGACGGGCUUAUAGAACUGGAUAGGGUGACCAAACAGCUGGGUUACUAUUCUGGCGCAGGGACUGUCUUCAGUUCUGUUGUGUCGUUGGUUAUCUCUGCGUGCAUGUUGGUACUGCUCCAAUAAUACAGUAUAAAACAAGACGUCGAUAUGCAAUUCAG